CUCCCUCAAUUCAGUUUCCGUCAGUCCGUCAGGUCGUUGUUUAACCAGAACCAAUCGUCCUUAGACUGUGUUCUGCGGCGGUAUAAUUGUCUUUCCGAUCAUCGGUUUUCAGCUUAGUGAUAUUCCGAGGAAGAACUGUAUAUUCAGUGCGUAAGAACUUUAAGUGGAAGCGGGGUUUUAAGCUUGAUUAUUUGUCAAGAAAGUUUUUUAUCGCCAAAUUUUACGUUUCCGUUUCGAUCCCCCUCUGCGUUUGAUUGGCGUUACUUCACAACAAUUUUAAUUUGCCCAGUGAAAUUUCCAGUGUGGAAAUUGUAUUUUUGAACUCUUUUAAUUUUCUGACCUUUAAUUAAGUUUUUCUCUGAAUAAGCGCCAACCGUAAUUUUUUUUACUGUGUGCUUGUCGUCUCUAAAAUUCGCCACACUGCGGAGGCCUUCGUUUUUUAGUGCGUGCGAUCUGAAUUACUCUGAUCCGUCGGCGGUUAGUUAGUGUUUUACAAAUUCUUCCGAGUACGAGUCGAUCUCUUUUUCCUUCUCCAGCGUUCAAGUCUCUCGAUCUACAAAGCUCGAUAAAGCUUCUCCCAACGGCCGGUUUAGUUUCCAGUGGCCUGUUCUUGUAGAGUUCCAGCUCCUGUGAUCGACACUUCUACUCAUUUCCAUCAAUAUGUUCUCCCAUAGAGAAGCGUAUCCUUUCUCGCAUUACUAUGAUUAUGAGCCAUUCAUACGGGCCGUGGAGAAAUUCCCUCAGUUAUACAAUAGGAAACACCCAUUGUAUUGGAAAAUUCGCGGAUAUCCUGAAAAGAGAAGCACGUGGGAAGACGUCGGAAGAAUGUGCAACUUUCGACCGAUCAAUGCGUCCGAUAUCCAGACCGUUUGGGAAACUCUAAGACAAUCUUACACAAGUUAUCGCUUGCGGAAAAGGGAAAACGAAGCACUGGGGAAAGCACCACCGACGUGGAAGUACGCUGAAGCCAUGUCGUUUUUGGAACCUUACCUGCUGCAUAAAAGGAGGAAAAAUCCGGAAGUCCAGAAUGCAAACGCCACGGAAGGACAAAAGAUUCUCUCAGAGAAACCUGGUACGAGUGCCGACCUUCGUUCCAAUCCUGGUACCUGCGACAAAUCAAACAAACCUGCUUCGAACAUCUACCACGUCUCCAGUCCUUGUCCCUGCGACAAACAUCGCCUCUGCAACCACGGCGGCUUACCCACUCCCUCGGAUUCAUCCGUGACGAUUUCUUCAGUGGACGCAGACGACACGGAUGAAAGUGUCUCUCUCUCAUCAUUCUGCAUGGCCGACGCUGAUUCUGUAAAGGGACAGAUGUUAGAGCUGCCUCAGACGCAAAAUGAACCACCUCAUACGCAAGAUGAGCCACCUCCGACGCAAGAUGGGCCACCUCCAGCGCGACGAGUAAAGUUGGAACCAUCGGAAGACCAAACGAUGAGCCAUGGAUCUCCACCGACUCAGUCAAUGACAUCGGAGUCUUUUGCGACGGAACAAGCGAGUCAGAUGUCGCCUGUAGAGUACCGACCGAGAGUAUCACCUCUUGAGGAAGUGACGUUGAACUCACACAAUGUGCAACAACUGGGUCAAGAGUCAACACUGACCCAACGAGUGAGUCAGAAGCCAUCACUGGCUCAACCAUUGAGUCAGGAAACACCAUUCAUCCAACGAGUGAGCCAUGAGCCAUCACUAACUCAGUCAUCGAGUCAGGGAUCACCACUGAUUCAAAGAGUGAGCCAUGAGCCAUCACUAACUCAGUCAUUGAGCCAGGGAUCAUCACUGAUUCAAAGAGCGAGUCAUGAGUCAUCGAUGACUCAGCCAUCGAACCAGAAAUCACCUCGGAUCCAACUGGCUCAACCACUGAUUCGAGAGUCACCAAAAAUCCAAAGAGCGAGUCGCGAGUCACUACCGGUACAGCAAGUAACAUUGGAGUCAUCUUGGUCAGAGCAAGUCAACUCGCAGUCACCUUCAGAGGAGCGCAUGAGACGAGGAUCAACCUCUUUCGAAGGAGUGAUGUCCUCAACGGCCCAGCAAGUUAGUCACGAGUCACCGCAAAUCGGCAAUACGUCUUUUUCCAGGCGUAAGGUGAGUUUGGAGCCGUCUUCAAGGGAGGGAUUAAGAUCAGAAUCAUCCCCGGAUGCUCUAGCCCUGUUUUUUGUAGCUACCGAAGCGACAGUCCGCCGACUCAACCCCGUCUUGCAAAUUCAGGCCAAAGCCAAAAUCAGCGCUCUCAUGGCGGAGCUUGAGAUGCAGUCCCUUUUCCCGGACGCUUAAAUCAAUAUUUUCAAUUAAUAACCCUCCUUCUUCUCCAGACUUCCUUCCUCCGUCUCUUCCCUUUCUUCUUCUUUCCCCUACUCCUUCUCUCCUUACUCUUCCAUCUAUUUCUCCUUUUACUUCCUCUUUUAUUCCUCCUCCUCUUUUUCUUGCCUCAUUUCAUACUCUCAUCCUUCCCUCUCUACCCUUCUCCUUCUGUACCUCUCCUUUUCUCCUUCUCUCCUCCUACCCUCCGAUCACGCGGGCUUCGAGUACCACAUGGCAUCAUACCUGUGAAUUGUCACAAAUUAUCUUUGACAAGUUGUAAAUAUGAUAUUCUGACAAUGAGACUUGAAUUUCAUGUUCCUUUCUUUGUGUGACAUUUAAAUCGAAUGAAUUUACGAAUAUUGAAUUGUACCUGAGCUAAAAAUCUUCCGGGAUCUUUUUGUUUUUUUUCCCAACUGUAUGUAAUCCGGUUGAUGAGAAUCAUUUAACUUAUUUCGUUUCCUUUUUAAUUUUAUUUUGACACGAGUUUUAUACAUUAAAACUUUAAGUUUAGCAUGGUUGUUCCUAUAAUUUACCAUUUUCUGGUGACAACAGUUUGUCACAUAAUGUAGUGAUGUCGAUGCGACUGAGUAUUAGAUUUUAACAACACAAACUUGUAAGUUAUUCAUUCAAAACUGAGCUCAUAUUUUAUAAUAUCUGCAAGCCUUAACUUCAUUCUGUAUUUUCAUUUGAGUCCUUGCUUUUCUGUGACUAUGAGAUUGUUGGUUUGCAGGUGUUACUUUAAAUGAUGUGUCCUCAUUUCAUUUUAAGUAAAUUCCACUAGAUUAUAGUUAAAAUAUUGACUUUUUUUUUAAAGAUAAUUUUGUUUUGUACUUAAAUUUUGAUAGGUACAAAUAAUGUAAUUCGCGUGUCGUAAUACCGAACGCAUGUGAUUGAGAAUGUGUACCUUGAUGUGUGUGAUAAACUUGACUGAUUAUUGAUUAAUCCUCUAAUAAUUUGUGUAAAAUAAGUGUUUAAAAUGUUUAUUUUUUUCAAGAAUACACGUUAUUUGCUCGAAAAAUUGUUCACCUAAUCAAUAAAUUGCUGUGACGAGAGGAAUUUUAA